UUGCCGUCCCGCUCCCGCGUAGCAUCAUGGCGAGCGCGGAUCUGUCUUGUCUCUCGACACACGACGCCUCACCGCGCUCUCGAAGAGUUUUGUUUAUUUUGUGAAUAAUUAAUGAAUAACGGUAGAUUAAGUUUAGUGAUUAUUGGGUUUGAACCCCCAAACUGUGUGAACAAAAAUAACUUGCUAGUGUACGGAUUCUGUUGUUGUGACUGAAUAGAUUGACUAUAACCUACACGGCAGUAUUAUUUUAUCACUCCUGAGGUAACCCUCUCAUAUAUGGCGCAUCCAACGUGAAAUAAUAACAAGUUCGUUCGAAAGUGUAGUUGAAAGUACAUUUCUUUAGUGAGUGUGUCGAUAUGCCGCCGAAAACGAGAAAAGCGGCCAGUACAGAGCCCGAGACCGACGAAGAACCGCAAAAUGGCGGUGAUGAAGAAGCUCGCGAGGCGGACACAGCCGACGCGGUGACUACGGCAUUGGCCGACAUUAAUAUGUUUUCGACUCAAAAUGUGCAAAACAUCAUAGAGACGCUACAGCGAUCGCAGACCGAAGCCCUGAAAGAGUUGUUACAAUCAGUAUCGUCGCGUACUACGUCGUGUACAGCUCAAGGUCAAGGAACGUUAACGGGCUGUAAGACCACGUUCUCCGGCCAGCCGCAGGAGUCAGUGGAAGCUUUUAUUGACGCAGUAGACGCCUAUAGUGAAUGCGCACAGGUUUCGGAUACAAAUGUCCUGCGCGGUCUGGCGUACCUUCUAAAAGAAAACGCGGCGACAUGGUGGCAGGGUGUGAAACAGCAAAUUACUUCAUGGCAGCAGGCUAAAGAGAAUCUUAUAAGUGCCUACGGUGACCGCCGCCCGCCCCAUCGCUUAUAUAUAGAGAUAUUUUCAUCGCCACAGCAAACGGAAAACACCGACGUGUUUGUGGCGCGAAUACGUUCCCUUUUCGCGCGACUCCCCGAGGGAGAUAUUUCCGAAAAGGCGCAACUUGACAUGACGUACGGACUCAUGAAUAGCAGGAUAAGGAAGAGGCUACGGAGGGAGGACUUCGCAACUUUUAAAGAGCUACUCCGCCGUGCGCGAAGCGUGGAAGAUUCUUUCGACGAGGGGGAGAGGAAACAAACACCGUCGCAGGCUUCAAGCCGCACGGUGACCUCAAACCAACGCGCGCCUCCCGCUUCAACAACCACGGCGCGUACGGGUACAUCGCAUGCCAGCGGCGCCGCGGCCGCGCCGCCCCGGGCGCCGCAAUCGUCCGCGCUCGCGCAGCCGCGCGCGCCGGCGCCGACGCCUGCUCAACCGGCGGUCGCGCAAGGCACCGGCGCUGCAGUCACUAGUGUCACCACCACCGCCGCCGCCGCGGACGCGACCGCGAAAAAGCUGCGACCCGUGUGUGCGUACUGUCGAAGGUUUGGACACUCCAAAGACCAAUGCCGUAAGCUCAUGAACUCAGCUUUUAAAAAUAUUAUGUGUGCUAAUCAUUCUUUGCAAACGACUAACCCUGAUUCAUGUAACGGACAAUUUCGCAGCCGCGGACCGCUUAGUUCUACUAUAGUUCCGAUGUGUUCUAGUAAUAAUUCAAUAAUUUCAAGUGAAGUCGCGCGAAAAGGUUCGAUGAUGGAUAGUCGUGAACAAAACGAGCCUAAUAUAUCAAACGGUCCUAACCCACUUUUGUGCGUAUUUAAUAAUAAUCGUGCCUGUAACAAUAAUAAUAAUGAUUACUCGUCGUUCGCGUCAAAGUGCAUUAACCCUUCAAAUGGCAGGGGCGUUACGGAAGUUGACAUGUUUUUUGACGCGGACUGUAGUAAAAUUUCUGACGAUGAGUUGUUAAAUCUGUACAUGACUUAUGUUGAUGGGGAUUGCGAGACAGUGAGUCGAACGACAAGACCGAUUUUUAAUAUAGAGAUUUUAGGCGUGAAAGGCACUGGUUUGGUAGACACGGGAGCGAGGCGGUGCGUCGCGGGACACACGCUAUAUGCUAUUCUCUUGCGUCGGAACCAUCCGCUUCGCACGAUAACGCGCAACAUUAAGCUUGCUGAUGGGGUGUCGCGUACAAUGGAAGUACUAGUUACUGUAUUAGAGGUGCGAUUAGAACAGGAAAUCGUUAAAAUUCCGUUCAUAAUUUUCCCUUACGCGACUAAUAAUGAAACGUUGUUAGGCAUCGAUUUUCUUACUGCUGCCGGGGUAGAUAUUGAUUUCCUCGAGUUGGUAUGGUGUUUUAGCAGGAACCGCACCGUUCAGUAUAAAUUGUGUUUCGAGCCUACUUCGCCCAGUGUAACCUGUGCUGCCACAAACGUCCUACGGGCUGACGAGGGAAGUCAUCUUACACCAGCUGAGCGUCAAGCGCUCGCUGGCGUUCUUACUAGGCACGCACACGUCUUCACACCAGGGGGAGCUCCGACCCCUUACGCUGAGCAUCGGAUAGAAACAGGUGAGCAUCCUCCUAUAGCAGUACCACCUUAUCGACUCAAUCCAGCCAAGAAGGAGUUGAUGAAGAAGGAGAUUGAUAAGAUGUUAAAAGACGAUAUCAUUGAAGAAUGUGAGUCAGCUUGGAGUUCACCAGCUCUGAUGGUGCCGAAGGCGAAUGGUGAGAUCCGGUUCUGUGUGGACUACCGUCGUUUGAAUGCAAUUACCAAGUCCGAUACCUACCCGAUGCCACGCAUCGAUGACUUGUUGCAGAAUACGAAGCGAGAUUGCUACAUGAGCACCCUUGACCUUCGUUCAUCGUACUGGCAGGUAAUGUUAAGAGAGGCGGACAGGGACAAAAGCUCAUUUGUGUGUCCUUUAGGUACCUUCCGCUUUAAGCGUAUGCCAUUUGGCCUGAAAAAUGCCCCGGCGACGUUUCAACGGCUGAUCGACCGCUUACGUUCCUGCUCAGCAUUAAAAGACGUAACUGUCUUAGCUUACUUAGACGACCUUCUAGUGAUCUCGGAAGGUUAUCAACGUCACUUACAAGACCUCGAGGCAGUUUUCAAACGCUUGGCCGAGUUCAACCUCCACGUCAACAGGGAGAAGUGCGCUUUCGCGCGUGAAAGCGUUAGGUACCUCGGCCACGUCAUAACGCAACAAGGCGUUUCCACCGAUCCUGAUAAGGUGAGUGCUGUACUCGAGAUGAAGGAACCAGGUACCUUGAAGCAUCUGCGAACCUUUCUACAAACGUGCUCGUGGUUUAGGAAGUUUAUACCAAACUUCUCUAAGGUUUCCGAACCACUGACACGCCUAACUAGGAAAAAUCAAGUCUGGAUCUGGGGAUCAGAGCAGACUCAAGCAUUCCUUGAGCUGAAGCGCCUUCUGACCACAGCUCCAAUUUUGGUUCAAGCCGACUUCAGUCGUCCUUUUAUUCUCAGGACAGAUUCGAGCAAUUACGCCCUUGGAGCGGUCUUACUUCAAGGUGACGGGAACGAAGAGCGACCUAUAGAGUACGCCAGUCGCCUUCUUAACGCAGCGGAGCGGAACUACUCCACUACGGAAAGGGAAGCUCUCGCAGUGGUGUGGGCGGUAGAGCGUUUUCGACCCUACCUGGACGGCCAGCCGGUCGUCAUUGGCAGUGACCACCAGCCCCUCCGUUGGCUGCUGUCACUGAAGUCACCAGCAGGGAGGUUGGUACGUUGGGCCCUUAGACUCCAGGCCUUUGAUAUCCGUUUCGAAUACACUCCGGGGAAGGCGAACGUGGUAGCCGACACGCUGAGUAGGACAGUCUGCUCCGGGGACUCCCGUGAGGACUGCGGAAUCUGCUCGGUCGUGGUCGACCUACCAAAGAAGAAUCCAGCAGAGUUGAGGCGGGAACAGCUCGCUGACCCCGAGGUGGAGAAGAUUAUCAAAGAAAUCGAGGGUUCCGACGAGGUGGCAUCUCGACGAUGGACGGAGCGCGGCUACUUAAUGGAUCAAGGGGUACUAUACAGGUACAACCCCGAUUCAGAUAGUGAGACCCCACAGCUCGUGAUACCCAGUAGUCUCAGAGCGGAGAUUAUAAAGGAAUGCCACGACUCGCCGGUAGCCGGACACCCUGGCGUCGAUCGUACGUAUCAGAAGGUUGCCCAGCUGUACUACUUUACAGGUAUGCGGAGAAUAAUCACUGAUUAUGUCAAAGCCUGCAUACACUGUCAACGCUACAAAGCCACAAAUACCAAGCCUCCAGGUCUUUUGCAGACACCGCUCAUGAACCAACGCAAUGAAGUGCUGGCCAUGGAUUUAUUCGGUCCUUUGCCACCAGGAGACCAGGGGGAGAGGUGGAUUUUCCUCGUCGAGGACACUGCUACCCGGUGGACAGAGCUAUACGCACUCAAGGACGCCACCGCUGAAGCUUGUGCGGUGAUUCUCGUCGAGGAGUACUUUAUGCGUUUUGGUCUACCACGUAGAGUCAUUUCCGACAAUGGUGUCCAGUUCGUAACCGCAGUUAUGCGUCAGUGCAUGGCAGCUCUAGGGAUAAAACAAAAUCUCGCCCCGUUAUACCACCCAGAAGCCAACCCUGCGGAACGCAAAAAUCGAGACAUGAAAGCGAUGUUAGCACAGCUCGUGGAAGAAGACCACACUUCUUGGCCACGGAAGUUACCGGUGAUACGGUUCGCCUUGAACAGUGCAAGAUGCCGCACCACAGGUAUUCGGGAACGUGUGGAGGUCCAACAGGAUAAAGCAAAGCAGUAUGCCGAUACGUCGCGCCGACCUUCAGAUGAAUUUGAGGUAGGUGACUUAGUCCUCCUUAAGUCGCAUCUGCUGAGUAAUACAUCGAAGGAUGUAACUGCUAAGUUUCUCCCACGUCGCGAUGGACCGUACGUCAUAACAGAGAAGGGCGGCAUUCUCUCCCCUCUGCUCUUUUCGAUUUUUAUUAAUCUCAUCACCACCAAAAUCAAAUGCUCUUACCACCUGUAUGCCGACGACUUGCAGCUCUACACCCAAGCUAGCGCCGAAGAUCUGGAUAAAGCUGUCGCCGAUCUAAAUACUGAUCUUAACCACAUAUCUGCAUGGUCGCGCUGUUUUGGCAUUGCAGUGAACCCUACUAAAUGUCAGGCCAUCAUACUUGGUUUCAUGUCGAAUUCCUUCACCAUCCAGGCAAUCCGGCUGUGGAACGAUCUUCCUCUCUCUAUUAGACAGGCCCAGAACAAAUUCUCUUUCAAGCGCAUGUUGCGCAAGCAUUUGUCGGACCAGGUUCAUAAGUCGUCCUCAUGA